AUGGGGCGCCGCAAGGUCUCCAUGGGGCUGAUCCCCAACCGCCGGGUGCGGGCCGGCACGUUUGGCAAGCGGAAGGAGGGGCUCAAGAAGAAGGCGGGCGAGCUCUCCGUGCUCUGCGGCAUCGACGUCGCGCUCGUCGUCGCCGCAGGGGACGGCGGCGCCGCGGCGGACGUGUGGGAGUCCAGGGAGGGCGUGCUGGCCCGGUACCGCGCGCUGGGCGCCGAGGUGCGCGCGCGGCACACUCACCGGGCGUACCUCGACGCCGAGCUCGGCAAGGGGGAGGCCAAGCUCGCCCGGGUGCGCCAGGGCGGGCCCGACGCGCUCGCCCGCUGGGACAGGGCGCUGGACGGCGUCGCCACGGAGGAGGAGGCGCGGCGGCUGCUCGACGCCGUCGACGCCGCGAUGCGGGCCGCGGAGGACAGGCGGAGGGCGCUGGGCCUGCCGCCGGUCGACGACGCCGAGGACGGGGUCGUGCUCGACGAGGUCGCGCCGCUCAACUUCGCCUGCGCCGGCGACGACGACUACCUGCUGCACGCGCCCGGCAGCGACGCCAACAACGACCAACAGGCCAUGUGGGGCAGCCACGACUUCCAAUUCCAGCAGGGCGGCGCCGCCGACAUGCAGCACACGGGAUACGGCUUCCAGCAAUACACCAGCGGCGCGGGCAUGGAGGGCUACCACCUGCAGAUGGGGCCGGACAUGUACAGCAGCGGCGACAACAACAACGGCCACCUCGCCGACGCCUACCAGCAGUACCAGCCGCGCGAUACCAUGCGGCAGCACGGCUACGGUUUCCAGUGCGCCCACGCCAGCUACUUCGACGUGCCCUCUGGCUACGCCCAGCCCAGUCUGCCCACGUGGAGCGCCGACGAGCCGCGCCACGCCAUGCUGCCGCUUGAGUACCUUUCCGCCGACGCCGGCCUCAACUACGCGGACACGCCGGCGUCACAGGGCGUCGGCGGCAGCUCCUUCACCAUGGGCGCCGCCAGCGGCAACUUCUUCCACUCGCCACCAGCGCUCUCCCUCGCCAUGGGCACCGCCAGCGGCGGCGGCGACGGCGACGGCGACUUCAUCAACAACGCGCCACUUGCAGCAGUCCCCUCCUAUACCAUGGGCGGCAGCGGCGACAACUUCACCAACGCGAUGACAGCCCAGCCCGUCGCCAUGAGCUACGGUGGCGACCUGACGAUUGCCGGCAGGUACGCGGCGCAGUGGCAGGCACCCCCGCACCCCCAGCGCGCCGGCGGCGACCAGAGGCCCAGCAUCGAGCAGCUGCAUUACCUCAGCGACCUGGAAGACACGCAGCUCCACCUCUCUGGAAACUAACCUUCCUUCCACUACAGUUAGUUAGUUGCACACUUUAGCAAGUACCAAGUAGUGUAGUCCGUCUGAAGUCAUACAGAGUCGAUCAAGUCACCUGAUGUCAGUCGCCACCGCCAACGCCGCCGAUCAAUUUUGCCGGCCACGCCAGCGAGCAAUGGGCAGUUUUGUACAAGUCACCUGAUGUCUAUGGUACCGUCAGUUCAGCUUCUCGGCUGGGUAGAGA